AUGUCAAGUAGGCUUUCAGGUGUCACCGGACCUCACUUUCACCCGACGUCUCCCACCAACGUCACGGCCCAGCUGGCGGCGCACGCGUACCUUCCGUGUCGGAUCAAGAACCUCGGCAACAAAUCGGUCUCUUGGAUCCGGAACCGCGACUCGCACAUCCUGACCGUCGACCGCUACACCUUCAUCGCGGACGAGCGCUUCGCGGCGUGGCACCAGGCGGCGACGCAGACGUGGACGCUGCAGAUCAAGUUCGUGCAGGAGCGGGACGCCGGGAGCUACGAGUGCCAGGUGUCCACGGAGCCCAAGAUGAGCCACUUCGUGCAGCUGGGUGUCAUCACUCCUCAGGUGACAAUCGCUGGCGAGGCUGAUAUCUAUGUGAACAGCGGCUCAACUGUCACCAUUAAGUGCGUCAUCACCCAGGCACUCGAGGAACCUAAUUAUAUCUUCUGGUAUCAUGACGACCGUCGCGUAGUCAGCGCCGGGUCAGGCCGUGUGCUGACAGUCGAUCGUCAUCCCCCUGACACCUCAGUGGGCAGCCUGACCAUCCCAGCCGUUGCCCUUAGCGACUCUGGGAACUACACCUGUGCUCCUGCCUCUCUCAGCCAAGCAUCUGUCAUGCUGCACGUCCUCAGUGGCGAGCACCCCGCCGCCAUGCAACGAGGAACCACCUCGACCACGGACACCUCCGGAGGCCCAGAACUGCGGCUUCAUCAGAGUGCCCUGAUGGCGGCCCUCAUCUCAUUGCUUCUCUGCGUCUGCUCGCCUUCCUUCACGUGA